AUGCUUUCGGUACUCUCGACCCUGGCAGUCACUGCCGUGCUCGUCUCGGCUCAAUCUUCAAUCUUCGAUUUCCCGGAGUACCCGCCCCCAGGGGAAUACGAUCCGAAUGAGCUAUUAGCAAGUGCUGUCGGCACUCUGCCCUACGGUAUCAGUGUAGCCGACCAGUCCCUCGCAUCGACACCUGUGCACUACGACACUGGUUUCUUUGGUCCUCAGCUCGAGCUGGUACAUGCGUACUACGACUACUGGCCAACUGGUGUUGGUGUAGGCAGUGAUGGCAUGGUCUUCACUUGCUACCCUCGUGGAAACGAGACAUACACCCUUGGCCUCGUCACUGGACCCACGACCGAGGAAGCAUGGCCUAAUGAGGAAUGGAACACGCCCCCGGCGUUCGAGAACGCUACCAACCCGGGAUACAGUAUUGUUUCCGAUAAGCUGAUCUUCGUGCAAUCUGUGGUUGUGGACGGGUUGGACCGUGUCUGGGCGCUCGACACCGGACGCCCGCGCGUCAAUGGCACCUAUCUCUACGCACAGGUCCCGGGUGGCCCCAAGCUGGUUGGGUUCUACAUGAACGGCACGAAUUUCGCCACGUACACCUUCCCCAGCUCGGUCGUGUACUCCGACUCUUCCAUCAAUGACGUGAGGUUUGACUUGAGGGGCGGAGGGUAUGCAUACAUCACGGAUAGCUCACCAUACCACGCUGCGUUGAUUGUGGUGGAUCUUGCUACCGGAGAAUCUUGGAGGCACCUCGAUGGGCACGCUGCUGUCAGCCCCGAUCCAAACUUUGUGCCUGUCUACAACGGAGGUGAGUUUCACCAAGAAGAUCGCGGGUCGAUGCUGACUAGUCACUCAGUUCCUUUCUACUACCACACGCUGUUUGCCCCAAAUGCUAUCCAGUUCAUGACUGCUUUCGCCGCAGACGGUAUUGCGCUGUCAGCAGACGGCGAGUACGUCUACGUCACGCCGCUCACGAGUCGCUACCUGUACCGUGUCCCGACGUCGUACCUCAAACAGCAGCCGUCAGGCAAUAACCCGUAUGCCGCCCUCCUAGCAAAAGAGGCCGUACAGGUAGUCGCCCAGUCCGGAGGCCAUGCUGACGGUCUCGAAACGGACGCAUCCGGAUACAUCUACAUUGGGUCGCAGGAACACAAUGCUAUACAUCGCUUCAACGCGACGACCGGCAUUGUGGAGCCGUUCAUCCGCAACCCAGUGAUUCAGUGGGCCGACACCUUCUCGGUUGUCACGCUCGCAGAGGGUAACUUCCUCUACUUCACUGUCAACCAG